AUGAAUUUUAAUUUUCGCAAUAAAUGCCAUUAGUAGCAAGAGUAAGAAUAAACAAAAGAGUAGCAAGAUAAUUAUGAAUUUGAUGGAAUCAUUUACGAUUUUACUUGGAAUCCACCCAGACAAUUAAAAACUAAAAUCUAAGCGCUUUACAGUAAUAAUGAUCUCAGGUAAUAGAGCUAUUUUCAGAAUGUAAAAGUAUUUAUUUGUUAAAAUAGAAAUUAAAUUUAAGAAUCAUCUGAAAAGCCUGACUUCUUGACUAAUUUAGAAUAAAUAAAUCAUUUAAAUUGGAUUGGAAAAUAUGGAUAAAAUAAUUUAAAAAUUGGUAAAUGGAAACUAUGA